UAUGAAAUUAGCUAUGGCUCCUAAUCGUCGAAGAAGUUCAAAAAGUCUAUAAGAAUUACCUCCAAAUAUAGAGCUUGAAAGAUAACAUUCAAACGGUAGUUUUAGGAUUGAUCCUGGACCUAUUGACAUUGAAGUUAGACAAUAAAACACAAAAGUAAAAAGUUCUUAAUUAUAGGUCUUAGAUUGGAUUGUAUUAAUCACUCCUUUGUGUUAUACUCUUGUGAUAUUAUUUUUAAUAUCAUUCAUUCAUAUCACUACUCCAUAGAUUUAAUAUCCAUAAACAGCUCAUAAUAUAUUAUAGAAGGCUC